AUGCACGUGCACUUUAUAUUAUUAAUGAGCACAUUUCAAAUCAGCCAACAAAUUGAUGUCGAGUCCAACGAUAAUAUUCCCGGAUGUGUGGCGAAUAUAAUUCAAACUUAUUUUGAACCGACGCAAUUAUCAGUUAUACAAGAAGACGGAGGAAACAUUUUGGCUCAUAUUCACGAAUUGUUCAUCCCAGUCAUAUUAAUAACUACGCCUCAAAGAAUCCCUCUAUCGCACAGAGGCUAUUUAUUGAUCGUCACCAGUUGUGAAGAUUUUACAAGUAAACUAAUAGAUAUAAGAUCAGGAGUGUCAUGGAAGCCGGACGUAAAAACGUUAAUCGUUUUUAAAUACAUCAAAGACACACAUUUGCCGCAAAUUUUCAACAAGCUACUAGCUUACCAUGUAAUCAAUGUGGUUGUCCUAAACGGUACAGUUUCCGCGGAAUUAUAUACAUACAAUCCGUUUGAAAACUUUGGCUGUGGAAAACGUUAUGACAGAAUCAUCAAAUUGGGAGAUUGCAAUUCAAAAGCAGAUCUGUUCGAAGAAAAAUUGGUGACAGGCCUCCAGAAUUGUACCUUUCGGGCGUUGAGUUCUAAUAUCCCUCUGUACUCUAUAGAUCCAGCGACUGACGAAUCAGAAUUUAAAGGAAUGGAUCAAUUUGUUUUACAAUCAUUAGGGGAAAUGGAAAAGUUUCACGUUAACUUUAGUUUUGAAACUAAUUUUGAUGCAUUUAGUAUUAUUCACGACAAUAUGUCGGCGGUGGGCCCUAUGAGAGAAGUGCAAAUAGGUAAUGUGGACAUCAUAAACGGUGCCAUGCUGCUAACGUAUGAGCGGGCGCAGGCCUUCUCUUUCUUAACUGGGGGAGAAACCUUUACCGAUUAUCUACAUGUUUACGUGGCGAAAUCAAAACCGAUCUCCAAUUUAAAAAUGACACUCUCCGGCUUCAACUUAUACACUUGGUUCGCCUUGUUCAUAGUCUUUGUAAUAUAUUUAUUGUUAAUGUAUAUCGUCAUGGAGAAAGGCACGAAGCAAGGUAUUAUACUUAAAAUGAUCGGCUUACUCUUCUCACAGCCCAGCCACGUGAAAGGAAGUAGAGCCAACAGAAUUUUUAUUUUCUGGGUCUUUUUUGCGUACUUAAUUAGUUGUUAUUAUCAGUCAACUUUAGUGAGUCUGAUGAUGGAUCCCUAUCGAGGUUAUCAGAUCUCGAGCUGGGAUGACAUUGUUCGUUACGACUUGCAGCCGUGUGUAAGUGGAAGUAUGCGAGCAGUGACUAACGGUACAGUGUUUGCAGAGUACGGACAGAAUAAGUAUAGAGCUUGCGAAGGAAGAUGGGAGAGUGUAAAAAAGGUCUCCGACGAUGAUAGCAUAUUCACGAUUUAUUUACGGUCAUUGUUUAAAUAUAAUGAGUAUGAUUAUUACGAUGAGUUUGGCUCGCCAAAAAUACACACAGUAGAAUCGCCGAAAGCGCCAGUCUUGUACGCCAUCUACAUGUACAAGGGCUUCCCUUUGAGACACUUGCUGCAGCGCCACUGCCAUCGCAUCGAAGAAACAGGUUUAUUGAAGCAGAACUUCGAUCGUCUGCAAACCGAUAAGAAGAAGAAGUACCAAUUUGCUGUAAAAACUAUUCGGAUGAAUGUUUUUAUUCCCUGGUACGUGUUGGUUUUGGGCGUUACAAUAUCAACGUUGACAUUUUGCUUAGAAAUACUGUACCAUCGAGUCAAAGUCCGGUCAGCUCCGAAACAAUACAUUUCUGAAAUAAGACAUUGA